AUAAAGCUUACAUCAAUGGAGAAUAUACUAGACAUAUUAACAGUGUGUUUUAGUGUGUGUUUCUUUAUAUGGUUAUUCAUUUGGGUUCUCUUGGAUAUCUUAAAACAAACAAGGGGUGAUGAAAGUAAACAUUUUUAUGCAAAUUUAUCAACUUUUUCAAUGAUUUGUGUAAUACCCACUUGUGUUAUCACAUUUUCACAUUUGGGUUUGUGUGUAUACAAAUUCUUGAAACAUGAAAUUGUAAGUUAUGAGAGUGUCAUUAUGGCAUUAGUAUGGUUUUUAGCUAGUUUUGUUACUAUAUAUUCACUAAAGUUUAGAACUUUUGGUCAUGUUACAAAAUGGCCUAUUGUUCUUGUGCUAUUUUGGUGGUUUUAUGUGAUUCUUGAUCUGGUAUUAGUGAGUUUGAUUAUGUUGGAAUAUUUUGAGUCGAAAAAAACGGAUGUUUUUCUAUCAAUAUCGAAUAUAAUCAAUAUGGCCACCUUACCAUUUUCGGUUAUUCUGUGUUUUAAUGGUGUUUCUUUGUGUGGUAUAAAGAAACAUCAAGAGUUAGAGGAGCCAUUGCUUCAAGAAAAUGUGGAAGUAAAUGGUGGAGAUAAAAGUGCUUUUACAAAUGCAGGUUUAUGGAAAAAGGUUACAUUUAAUUGGCUCAACCCGCUUUUUGAAGUGGGUCGGGCUCAAAAACUUGAGUUUAGUCAUGUUCCUUCUAUUCCUGAAUCCGAAACAGCUGAAGCAGCUGCAUUUUUGUUGGAAGAGUCUAUUCAUAAGCAAAAGACUCGUGGUUCGGUUUUGUCCAAGGCCAUAAUUCAUGCUAUUCGACGAUCUUUAGCAAUUAACGCGGUUUUUGCAGGAGUUAAUACACUUGCUUCAUAUAUGGGACCGAUUUUGAUCACAAGUUUUGUGAAUUACUUAUCUGAAGAUGGUAGCGAUUUAAACUACCGAAAAGGCUUGAUUUUGUCCUGUAUUUUCUUCUUGGCAAAAACGGUCGAAUCUUUGUCUCAAAGACAAUGGUACUUUGGUGCUCAACGUAUUGGCAUACGUAUACGUGCUGCUCUCAUGGUACUCGUAUUCAAGAAAUCUUUAUCGAUUAAAUAUGGUACUACAAGCAGUGGCAAAAUCAUAAAUUUGAUUAAUGUGGACGUGGAAAAAGUAGGGGAGUUUUUCUGGCAUAUUCAUGGAAUCUGGUUACUCCCAGUUCAAGUUCUUCUUGCUUUGAUCAUCUUAUAUAUCAAUCUGGGUUUUCUUCCAUCAAUGGCUGCACUUAUCUCGACGGUUUUAGUUAUAAUCAGCAACACCCCAUUGGCGAAUAUGCAGAAAGAUUUCCAAACAAGAGUUAUGGACUCAAAAGACAGUAGGAUCAAAGCUACAGCAGAGAUCUUGAAGAGCAUGAGAGUCUUGAAGCUGCAUUCAUGGGAAUCCAACUUCAAGAAAAAGCUAAUUGAUUUAAGAGAAAAAGAACGGAAUUGGCUCAAAAAAUAUCUUUAUACAUGUUCAGGGAUUGCUUUUCUUUUUUGGACAUCACCUACACUAGUGUCGGUUUCCACUUUUAGUGUUUGCAUAUUCUUGAAGACGCCAUUAACCCCGGGUGUUGUUCUUUCCACUUUAGCUACUUUUAGAAUCUUGCAAGAUCCGAUUUAUAAUCUUCCUGAGCUAGUUUCCAUGGUAGCUCAAACUAAAGUUUCUCUUGAUAGAAUAAAAGAUUUUAUUGCGGAUCAAGAUAGCAAACAAGUUGAAGCUCAAUCUUUGAACGGGUCUGUUAUGGCUAUAGAAUUUGAACCAGGAGAGUACUCCUGGGAUAUAAAUGAUUCGGAUCAAAGACGGCCCACAAUUAAGAUCUCUACAAGAAUGAAUAUUCCUAAAGGUUAUAAAGUGGCCGUUUGUGGGUCAGUUGGAUCCGGGAAAUCGAGCUUAUUGUGCAGCAUUUUAGGUGAUAUCCCAAGGAUCUCAGGUGGGCGGAUCAAAGUGUUUGGGUCAAAAGCGUUUGUCCCACAAAGUGCUUGGAUUCAAACAGGAACCAUAAGGGAUAAUAUUUUGUUUGGUAGGCAAAUGAAGAAGCAGUUUUAUGAUCAAGUUGUUGAGGGAUGUAGUUUGGAUCGUGAUUUUCAGACUUUAGUUGGUGGCGAUCUAAGUGUGGUGGGCGAGAGAGGGUUAAAUUUGAGUGGAGGUCAAAAGCAAAGGAUUCAGUUAGCGAGGGCAUUGUAUAGUGAUUCAGAUGUAUAUGUCCUUGAUGAUCCGUUUAGUGCGGUUGAUGCUCAUACGGGGGCUCAUAUGUUCAAGAAUGUUUUGAUAGAUCAGCUAGAUCAGAAGACUGUUGUUUACGUAACGCACCAGCUGGAGUUUUUAAGUGCAUCAGAUCUGAUUUUGGUAAUCAAGGAUGGUGUUAUUGUUCAAUCAGGAAAGUACGAUGCCCUUAUAGCUGAUCCUGCAAGUGAAUUUGCUCGACAAAUAGCAGCUCAUUCCAACUCCUUGAACCAAGUUACUUCACCCAACAAGCCAAAACCACUAUCCAUGUUCCCCCAGGCUAGACACGGCGCACACUUGAUAAGAGAAGACGAGCCCUCUAAGAACAAAAGUAAGUCUUCAGAAACAAUACCACAAGAAGAAUCACAGUCUGGACGGGUGAAAUUCAGUGUUUACUCAACUUUCAUCACUUCAGCAUAUAAAGGAGCUCUUGUUCCGGUUAUUUUGAUCUGUCACACCCUCUUUUUAGCAUUGCAAAUGGGCAGCAAUUACUGGAUGGCGUGGGCCACAGAGGAUGGGAGUCGGGUGAGCAGCAAGAAGCUAGUGGGUGUUUUCGUGCUUCUGUCUGGUGCAAGCUCAGUUUUCAUUUUAGGACGGGCGGUUUUGUUAUCCACAAUAGCUAUUGAGACGGGACAAAACCUCUUUUUACAAAUGAUCACUUCUGUUUUUCGAGCACCGGUUUCGUUCUUUGAUUCUACUCCUUCGAGUCGGAUCCUCAACCGUUCUUCAACGGAUCAAAGCACAGUUGAUGUGGAUGUCCCUUAUAGAUUGGCCGGAUUAGUUUUUGCAUUAAUUCAACUUUUAAGUAUCAUUUUGCUAAUGUCACACGUUGCAUGGCAAAUAUUUUUGCUAUGUGUCAUCAUCAUUGCUAUAUCUCUAUGGUAUCAGGUUUACUACAUUUCUACAGCAAGGGAACUAGCAAGGAUGAUUGGGAUUCAAAAGUCUCCCAUUCAACAGCAUUUUUCUGAAUCCAUAUCUGGGGCAUCUACCAUUCGUUGCUUUAAUCAAGAAAUCCGCUUUUUGAAUAAGUGUUUGAGGGUGAUUGAUGAUUACUCUAGUGUUACUUUUCACAACACAGCUACAAUGGAAUGGUUAUGUGUGCGGAUCAACUUCCUUUUUAAUCUGGUCUUUUUCAUCUUAUUAGCUGUGUUGGUGCACCUACCUCGGUCAUCCAUCAACCCUAGUUUAGCUGGGUUAGCCGUUACGUACGGUUUGAGCCUAAAUGUACUGCAAGCUUGGGUAAUAUGGAACCUCUGCAACGUAGAAAACAAGAUGAUCUCAGUAGAACGAAUUCUUCAGUUUUCUAAUAUUCCAAGCGAAGCCCCUGAAGUCAUUGAAGAUCACAGACCCGACCCUAACUGGCCGACAAGAGGACAAAUCGAGCUCAAAGAUCUACAUGUUCAAUACCAUCCAGCUCUUCCAACAGUUUUGAGAGGGAUAACUUGUACUUUUCCGGGUCAAAAGAAAAUUGGGGUUGUGGGAAGAACGGGGUGCGGGAAGUCGACCCUGAUCCAGGCUCUCUUUAGGGUGGUUGAACCAACAAGUGGUCAAAUCUUGAUCGAUGGGCUCGAUAUUUCGAAACUUGGAUUACAUGAUUUGAGGUCUAGAUUAGGGAUCAUACCACAAGAUCCAACAUUGUUUCAAGGAACCAUGAGAACUAAUCUUGAUCCUUUAGAACAGCAUUCAGAUCUAGAAAUUUGGGCAGUACUACACAAGUGUCGACUUGCAGAUAUAGUGAGGCAGGAUAAGAGACUUCUUGAUACACCAGUUGCUGAAGAUGGUGAAAAUUGGAGUGUUGGACAACGGCAACUCGUGUGCUUAGCAAGGGCCUUGCUACAAAAACGAAAAAUACUAGUGCUAGAUGAGGCAACUGCUUCCAUUGAUACAGAAACAGAUAAUGUGAUGCAGAAAACGAUACGAGAAGAAACAAGUAGAUGCACUGUUAUAACCAUAGCUCAUCGAUUACCCACCAUUGUUGACAGCGAUCUUAUUCUUGUUCUUGAUCAAGGGGAAAUUGCCGAGUAUGAUUCUCCUGCACGAUUGCAAAGUGACAGUUCCUCGGCAUUUUCAGAGUUGGUGAAUGAGUUCCUGAGGAGAUCGUCAUGAAGGCAUAGAAAGGUUGUUGAGGUUUUAGAUUUUAGACUUGAGUGUACAGUGAAGAUAGCAAGGAUCCAUUAAGCUUAGAUGCUAAUUUACUCAAGAGAACAAAAAUGUUAGGUUUGGGCCUGGCUUGGAAAUGGGAAUAGUUGUGCUUGACCCGAUUUGGUCAAUGUUUACAAAUAGGCUCUGAGUUCUUCUAAUGGAGAAAUUGUCUGUAAAAUAGUUACUGGACUGAACAAAAUAACAGUCUUAAUUAGUUGCAGUCA